UGGCAGCAGCUGCACGCAGGAGGCCGCGCUGAGGAGCCGCGCGGGGCCUGCAGGGCCCACCGUAGUGCCCUUGGGGGCUCCCAGCCCAUCAACACACCUGGGAAGACUCCAGUGACACCUCAGAUGCCUAAGAAACUCUUCAUGAGGAAAACUGCUGUGACUCUACCCUGCAGUCACACUGCAGAAGGCUUAGGAUGGAGAAAUAAUAGGAGAACUAAAAUGGGAAAGAAACAGAAAUGUUCUACUCAGCUUCCAGUGAUCCAGGAGGUUGGAUGUAGCAUGGUCAAAAGUGUAGACAUGAAGGUCUAUGAAAAUAGCAGUUGCAUCUGGAAAGGAUGCCAAGAAAGGACACAGAAUGAGUUUAGAGCUGUUACCACCAUGAAGCCACCCAUGCCACUGGAGCCAGAAGUGAGGCUUCAUAUUGCUGGUUUGCGCGAUGAUUACUAUCUAAACAUACUGGACUGGAACCUUGAAAAUCUCAUUGCUGUUGCUGUAGGACCUGCUGCACAUAUCUGGAAUGGAAGAACUCUUCAAGGCAUUGAAAGCAUUGAUUUGAAUUCCUGUUCCAAGUACAUUUCAUCUCUGGCUUGGAUAAAAGAAGGAACUUGCCUUGCAGUUGGCACUAGUGAUGGAGAAGUGCAACUGUGGGACGUUGAAACCAAAAAGAGGUUGAGAAAUAUGUUUGGUCACCUGUCUGUAGUUGGUGCUCUGAGCUGGAAUCAUUAUAUUCUGAGCAGUGGUUCACGACUAGGAUCUAUUCAUCAUCAUGAUGUUCGGGUUGCUCAGCACCACAUUGGGACUCUUUGCCAAAACAAAGAAAGCAUUUGCAGCCUGAAAUGGUCACUAACUGACCACUUGCUCGCAAGUGGAUCUAAUGAUGGUACGUUGAAUAUCUGGCCUAGUGACCCUGGUGUGAAAGUGCAGUCACAGCCAUUGAAGACCAUACCUCAUUCUUCAGCAGUUAAGGCUAUGAACUGGUGUCCUUGGCAGUCCAAAGUCCUUGCUACAGGGGGUGGAAUGAAAGAUGGGAUUUUGCGUGUCUGGGACAUAAACCGUGAGAAAAUCGUCCAAAGUGCAGCUACAGAUUCUCAGGUCACAAAGGGAGAGUCCUGCAUAUAGCCCUGAGCCCAGAUCAGAGCAGGCUCUUUUCAGUUGCGGCUGAUGGGAUAGCUUGUCUGUGGAAAUGCCAUGAGUCUGGGAAGAGCAAGCACAGCAGCAAGCUUUUUUAU